AUGCUGUAUUCCCAAACUUUUCAGAUUAGUUUUUUUGUCUUUAACGAGUUUAUAAUUUCAGAGAUAGAUUUUAACGAGGAGGAGCGAUCGGAGUGUAAAGAUGGUAAGAACAGCAAAUCCCUGACCAGAAGUGACCUGGAUAAGAUGAACCUGAGAGAUCCCAAAACUUUGGCCGAAAUUGCCAAGAAAUUCACGAGAAAAAAGGUCAACAGUCCGACCGAGAGAACAGUUAAAUGCACUGACCCGGAUUGUUCGAAGAUGUUUAAGGAUCAUAUCGGAUUACGGAAACAUCUGUUAUCUCACGCCCCUAAAGUGCACGUGUGCGCGGAGUGUGGUAAGGCGUUCAAGGAGAGUUCUAAGCUGAAGCGACAUGCUCUGGUCCACACUGGAGAAAAGCCCUUUCAGGUGAAGAUUUCCUUCACUAUUUAA